GUUAACCAUUUCUAUUAAUAACCACUCAUUCAGAACCGAGGGGAGAGCGAGAGAGAGAGAGAGAGCAAGGCGGCCCCUUGCCGCUGCAACUAUACUCCUUUCUUCAAUCUUCAAAACAGAGAACGCAAAACCAAAAAGAGAAAACUGAGAGCUUCCAAAAAUGGGAUCUAAAUCUCCUGACGAUAUUCUUCAACCUUUGAUACCACCGACGACGACCGAACCGCCGUUGUUAUCGAACAAGCAUGAAUCUAGCGACGAACUGGAAGCCAUAUUAUCCGACACUCACCUUCCCCUCCUCCAACGUUACACAAAAGCUACUUGGAUCGAAAUGAAACUCAUGUUCUACUUAGCAGCUCCGGCCAUUUUCGUUUACAUGGUUAAUUACCUCAUGUCCAUGUCCACUCAAAUCUUUUCUGGCCACCUCGGUAACCUCGAACUCGCCGCUUCUUCUCUCGGCAACAAUGGCAUUCAAAUAUUCGCCUACGGCCUCAUGUUAGGGAUGGGAAGUGCGGUGGAAACUCUAUGCGGGCAAGCAUAUGGAGCAGAGAAAUACGAUAUGCUUGGGAUUUAUUUACAGAGAUCGUCCAUAUUAUUAACUCUAACAGGGCUUGUAUUAACACUUGUUUACAUAUUCUGCAAACCCAUCUUGAUAUUUUUAGGAGAAUCGAAGGAAAUAGCUUCUGCAGCGGAAGUAUUCGUGUAUGGAUUGAUACCUCAAAUCUUCGCAUACGCAAUAAACUUCCCAAUACAGAAAUUUCUUCAGGCACAGAGCAUAGUGUUACCUAGUGCUUACAUAUCGGCGGGGACGCUGUUGGUGCACGUGGUGUUGAGUUGGGUAGUUGCUUACAAUAUGGGGCUGGGUUUGCUCGGAGUUUCAUUGGUUUUGAGCUUAUCAUGGUGGGUAAUAGUGAUAGGUCAAUUUGUGUAUAUAGUUAAGAGUGAUAAAUGUAAAGAAACAUGGAGAGGAUUCAGUGCAAAGGCGUUUUCGGGGUUGCCGGAAUUCUUCAAGUUAUCGUUGGCGUCGGCGGUGAUGCUGUGUUUGGAGACUUGGUAUUUUCAGAUUCUGGUAUUGCUUGCUGGAUUGCUCGAGAAUCCUGAGCUUGCUCUCGACUCCCUUGCCAUUUGCACAUCCAUAUGUGGAUGGGUUUUCAUGAUUUCAGUUGGCUUCAAUGCUGCCGCAAGCGUGAGAGUGAGCAACGAACUUGGAAGUAGGCAUCCAAAAUCAGCAGCAUUUUCUGUUGUGGUGGUGACUGUUGUUGCAUUCAUCAUCUCUUUCCUUUGUGCUGUAAUUGUACUUGCACUUCGCAGUGUCAUUAGCUAUACCUUCACAGACGGCCCCGUCGUGGCUGCUGCAGUCUCUGAUCUUUGCCCACUUCUUGCUCUCACCAUUCUCCUCAACGGAAUCCAACCUGUCUUAUCUGGCGUUGCGGUUGGGUGUGGUUGGCAAGCUUUUGUUGCCUAUGUAAACGUCGGUUGCUAUUAUGUCGUCGGAAUUCCCUUGGGUGCCCUCCUUGGUUUCUAUUUCAAACUCGGUGCUAAGGGUAUCUGGGUGGGAAUGAUUGGUGGAACUUUUAUGCAAACAGUCAUUUUGAUAUGGGUCACAUAUCGAACAGAUUGGAACAAAGAGGUGGAAGAAUCAAUGAAGAGAUUAAACAAGUGGGAUGACAAACAAGAAAUUACUUUGAAGGAUUAAAAAUUAUAGGAGAAAUUACUGAAACUAAAAUGGAUAAAAUAUUUAUUCUUCCUAGACAAAUAAAUAUAAUGAAUUUAUCUUUUAGGGAUCUUUUUCUAUAAAAGAUAAAUAAUUUGUUUUUGUCUA